CCAUUAAACCAGGAGAAGAAGUAACUGCCUUGUGUUACAUUAAAAAACUUCCUGCAUAAAAUAACAUAGCAUGAACGAUAAGCUAAAUAUAUUACAUUAUUUGCGGAUAAAUCCGGAAAUUGUUUCUAAAAUAUAUUGAUAAACUUCCUGUAAAUAACACGGAAGUUGACUUGAACUGACUCUCGUUUAAGUAUUGCAAGUCUUCGUUCAAAGGUGUCCUCUGCAAUGAUGGAAGGUGCCUCAAAAAGUGAUGCCACACCACAGACGGCUGUUGCUGCACAAGUUCCAUUCAUCGACCUCUGCACAGUUCUGGAGAACAUCCAAAAGACCAAACUCCGACCAGACAAAGGCAAAAUUCUAAAGGAUUUUAUUGAUUCUUGGAGGAACUUCCAUGCAGCGCUUCACAAGGACAAUUCCGAUAGCACAGAUUCAUUUUACGCAGCCAUGCGUCUUAUCGUGCCUCAAUUUGAGCGAGAGCGAAUGGCUUACGGUAUAAAAGAAAACAUGCUUGCCAAACUAUAUAUUGAAGUUUUAGGCCUACCUAAAAAUGGACCUGAAGCAAACAAACUUCUAAAUUACAGAGCUCCAACCACAAGUCAAGGAGAAGCAGGUGAUUUCGCUCUUAUGGCCUACUUCGUCCUGAAAAAAAGGUGUACAAGUCAGGGGAAUUUAAGCAUUAAAGAAGUCAAUGACUUCUUGGAUUCCGUAGCUAUCAACAAUGCCAGCAAACAGAAGGAUCAAGUGAAGAAAAGCCUUUUGCAUCUGAUAACCCAGAGUUCAGCAUUGGAACAGAAGUGGCUCAUUAGAAUGAUCCUCAAGGACAUGAAACUUGGCAUUAGCAAGGAGACAGUACUUCAGGUUUUCCAUCCUGAUGCACCAGAACUCUACAAUGUCACCACAGAUCUGAAUAAAGUCUGCCGAAAGCUUCAUGAUCCAUCUGUGUCCCUCAGUGAGGUCUCCAUCGAUCUGUUUUCUGCUUUUAAACCAAUGCUGGCUGCUGUUGUCAACAUCAGACAGAUAGAGAAGCAAAUGGGCAACCGGACAUUCUAUAUUGAGACAAAGCUUGAUGGUGAACGCAUUCAGCUGCACAAAGCUGGAGAUGUUUACAAAUACUAUACCAGGAACUCUUAUGAGUACACGCAACAGUUUGGGGCCUCUCCACUAGAGGGCUCCCUCACACCAUACAUUCACAACGUCUUCAAACCUCAUGUGGUAAACUGCAUACUGGAUGGAGAGAUGAUGGCUUAUAACCCGACAACUGAGACCUUCAUGCAAAAGGGCAGUAAGUUCGAUAUUAAAAGGCUGAUGGAUGACUCUGAUUUGCAAACCUGCUUUUGCGUAUUUGAUGUCUUGUUAGUAAACAAUCAGAAGUUUGCAAAUGAACCUCUCAAGAAGCGCUACGAAAUUAUUGAGACUAUCUUUACGCCAGUCAAAGGUCGUAUCCAGUUGGUCACAAAAUCUGAAGGCAAAACCAUGCAAGAAGUAGUGAAUUCUCUCAAUGAGGCCAUUGACAAUCUGGAAGAGGGGAUUGUGGUUAAGGAUCCCAUGUCCAUCUACAAACCAGAUAAACGGGGUGAAGGAUGGGUGAAAAUUAAGCCUGAAUAUGUGGAUGGUCUGAUGGAUGAGCUUGAUCUGCUGAUAGUGGGAGGCUACUGGGGUAAAGGCAGGAGAAGCGGGAUGCUCUCUCAUUUUCUGUGUGCGGUAGCAGAGGUGCCGAGUCCAGGGGAGAAGCCCACGGUUUUCCACACCCUCUGCCGCAUUGGAUCAGGCUACACCAUGAAAGAACUGUACGAUCUUGGUCUGAAGUUGGCCAAACAUUGGAAAGUUUACAGCAGAAAUAAUCCUCCAGCUGCCAUCUUGUGUGGAACAGAAAAACCAGAGGUUUACAUAGAACCACGCAACUCGGUGAUCAUACAAGUCAAAGCGGCAGAGAUCGUCUCUAGUGAAAUGUAUAAGACCAACUGCACAUUACGUUUCCCCAGAAUAGAAAGAAUCCGAGAAGACAAAGAGUGGUAUCAGUGCAUGACCUUGGCUGAACUGAGCCAGUUCCGCUCCAGAGCUUCUGGAAAGCUGGCAUCCAGACAUCUACAUAUCCAAGAGGACCAGCCUGAAAAGAAGAAGCACAAGUUCGUAUCCAAGCCCAAGAAGACAAUCGGAGUCAUUGACCACUUUAAAUCUCAGGAUUUAUCAGCAGUCACCAAAGAGACGGAUAUGUUUGAAGAUGUGGAGUUUUGUGUGAUAAAUGGCAAUGAUGAACAUUCCAAAGCAGAGCUUGAGAAAGUUGUGGCCCGCUGUGGAGGCAUUGUUGUGCAGAACCCUGGGAAAGACACGUACUGUGUGAUUGCAGCUGUGCAGAACAUGAGAGUAAAGAACCUCAUCUCCUCAGACCAGCAUGAUGUGGUGUGGGCUACUUGGCUGCUGGAGUGUCUGGAAAAUAAGCAGGUUAUACCAUGGCAACCACGUCACAUGAUCCACAUGUCACCUUCAACCAGGGACCACUUCGCUAAAGAGUAUGAUUGGUAUGGAGACAGUUAUUAUGUUGACACUGAUGAGCAACAGCUGAGGGAAGUCUUUGAUAGGAUUGGCCCCACAGAAGCUGAACGUUCAUCUGUGGCACAGAUAGAAGCAGAGAAUGCCUGGGAUGACUUGCCCACUAGCAUGUUUAGGCCUUACACUGCAUACUUUGACCGGUGUGCUGACUUGGGAGAUCCAAAAACCAUCAUACGUGGUACAAGUUUGGACACACGUGCCUUAGAAUUCCGAUUCCAUGGUGGUACAGUUGUGGAGAAACUGAAGGAAGGAUUCUCGCAUGUCAUAGUAGAAAGUGAGAGAAGAACUCUGAACUUCAAGACGCUGAGGCGACUUUAUGCUAAGAAGUUCAAAAUUGUUCGAGAAUCUUGGGUGACCGAUUCUAUCAAAGCAGGCCACGUAGAGGAUGAGACUGACUACCUAAUAUAACUAUGAAGGCUACUACACAAACUAUAACAUUGGAAGAUUGUGGUUUUUAUACUAGCGGUAAUAGACUACACUUGAUAACCCUUACUGUUGCAUUAAAGGUAACCAUUUUAAGAAAAUAUAUAAAAUGAUGGGACUGUAAAGGAUUACAGGAGAACUUUGCUGUCAGCAAAAGAGUGUAAUUUACUGUUGAAAAUACAGUACCUUUUAAAGUUUGCCAUAUGUCUCUGAUUUAAUGCACUAAGUAAGACAAAAACUUUACAGGUGGAAACAAGAAUUUUAGUUUUCUUACGCUGUGUUUUGAUCUAAAUAAAAAUGGGGUGGUUGUAACCUAAUGCUUAAGACUCGUAGCCUUUAAAUGUCACCCUAUUAAUUACAUUGAUGUUACUGUACUAUUAAUUACUUAAGAUGGAAAUUAUAUGCAAAAUAUCGUGUAAUUAAAUUUGAUUCUUAAAGAAGCAUUCAGAAUUUUAAGUGAAGCUGUCAAGAGUGUUUUUCUUGUACAUUAACUUGACUCAUUACAGUCAGACAAAUUGAGCUUCUGACAAGCUUGAAGUUCCAUUUGAACAGCUUGUCAAGCACACUGAAUUUAUGGUGUGAGAGCUGUAGCUUUCUAAUUGUUUGGAAUGGGAGUUACUGUAAUGCUUCCAGAGAUCUAAUUUCCAGAGCACUAAUAGAAUGAUUGAGGCUUCACACACAAACACAUUCAACUGUGUGUCUAGGUAUUGUAAAGAUAGAUUUGCAUUUGAGUAAUAUGGAUAUUACACUAGGUAAUUGGUGUGAGUUUGUGAAGGUGUGUGAGUGACAAAUCCAUCCUUCAUUGAAAAUGAGAGCAUAAUGUGCUUGCACUGAGUUAUGAAAUCCACAUUUAGUGUGGGAAGGUGCUUUGGUUUGGAAAUUUAUGCUGCAGAGCCAUGACAGAUAUGGUCCUAAGACAAUAGCGUGUAAUGUGUUUUAGGGAGGGGAAUUGUUUACUGUUCCACAGACGGGUAAAACUUUUGUAACUUUGUUUUGUGUUUGUGUGUGUGUAUAUAUAUAUAUAUAUAUAUAUUCUUUCUGUCUGGAAAUCCCAGGUCUGUAUAGCCAAAGACAACAUCUUUUAAGUGAACCAGACCUCUAAAGUGAAAAUUGUCAUCAGACCAUUGUCAUUGUCAUUGUCAUUCUCAAGCUCCAAGUUAUGGAUAACAAGAUUUUUUGAAAAUAACGACUGAAGUCUCUUCAAAGCUAUUGUGUGAACUUAAGACGAACUGGAAUAUACAGUCUAAGAGACAAGAAGAGACAUUGCCUCAUCGAUUAAAAAGGUACAGACUGCUAUUAUAAACAAUCGCACUGGCAGAGUGUUGAAUUUCAAAUAAAGACAAAGCCUGAAAAGAAAAC